AUGAAUGGUAGCACUUCACCAGACCCGCUCACCGCCGAGGCAUAUGCAUCUGUGUCCUCUGGCCGGGAUGAGAUCGCCGUCGCGAAGCCCAAUGGCGUGCGCAGCCCGGACAACAACGCCCAUGUCGCCGCGAAGAGGCUCAAAUCGUCACCUCCCAGGCCAGCAUCCAGUGGGAAGGGCGCGUCUCCUCGUCUGAAAGAUGCGUCGCCACGGGACCAGCGGCCAGUAGCGGACGGCGACGAUGAUGCUGCUGGAGAGUCAGAGGCCGAAACACUCAUCGACAGUCCGGUCAAGAAGAAGCAGGAGGCAGAGAAGCAGAACAACGCGCCCAAGGCUGACCGACCUCUGAAACAUCGCAUUGGCAGCCUGCCUGUGCCGAGCGGGAACGACGACGAGGAUGACUCUGCGAACGUGUCGCCUGCGCCCAGCACCUCAGUGAGCGUCGAGCAGACGACGUUGACUCGAGAGGCCAAGGAUGAAGAUAUGAAGGACGACAGCGACAAAGACGCCGACGGCGAAAGCGACACUGGAUCCUUGAGCGACCCGGACUCAGAGGCAUCGGACGCGCCGUCGCAGAGGUCUUUGAACUCGCGUGCGGCAUCAGAACGACCGGACUACAACCGCCACGAUGCCCACUCCCCCAACCCACGGAAACGCAAGCAUCGUGCUUCAUCAGUCAGUCUUCCCAACAAGCGACCAAGCCUCAAUACGCCCAAACGUAGGCUUCGUGGACUGCAUUCGGAAGAGGUGGGUCGAUCUGAGCAAUCACUGUCACCCAAGCUGCGCAGCCAUCGUCGAGCAGUCUCCACGCAGUCAGCUUUCAUGGACGGUUCCAUCGAAGGGGGAGCAAAUCGAAAACGACGAGCUGGCACACAAGGACCCGUGAAGGAGUCCAAGUUGAUCAAGGGAUGGGAGGAAGAGUCGGUAUCAUCAGAAACUACUUCUCAUGGACACGAUCCUCAGCGACCACGACGAGGGAUUGGCAGAUCGACGUCUACACCUGGCAGACCGGCUGGUCGCAAGCCUAAGCCUCAUGUGAACAAGUACGGUUUUACCAGGUUAGCGGAGGCGUGUGAGGCGAACGAUCUUGAUCUGGUGAAAGAGUGGAGAGAAAAGGACCCGGAUCAGUUGGAGCUCGCCGAGUUUGCUGGUAACAAGCCUCUGCAGAUCGCGGCUCUCAAUGGUAACGUCGAGGUAGUCGACUAUCUCAUCGACCAGGGAUGCCAGAUCGACUGCGCGAAUGUGGACAAGGAUACACCUCUGAUCGAUGCAGCGGAGAAUGGGCAUUUGGAUGUUGUAAACAGCCUCUUGAGAGCUGGGGUCGACCCUCUGCGACAAAAUCUGAAAGGUCAACAAGCGCUGGAUGUGGUAACGGAUGACACCGACGAUGCUGACGAGAUUCGAGCGGCUUUGCGACAAGCCAUCGACAAGUGGAAUAGUACAGGUGCGAAGCAGAAGCGUGAAGAGGAAGAAGAGAUGCGCCACCGAGCUGGACCGUCUAAAGAGUUACAUUUCAUGGCACGCACCUACGAGAAUCUUCUCAGGCUGGUACAGAUUAACGAUCGCACUGGCGUCAGGGAAUUCCUGGAUGCUCGAGUAAUGGUGGACAAUAACGUAGUGGCUGCAGCCGCAAAGACUGGGGACACCUACCUGGUAAAUAUGCUACUGGCUGAGAUGACGGAGAAGAAAGCUUUGCAGAAACCUGAGAAACCGCUGCUCAGCGUCUUGGGCACGUCGCACACGGAAAUGGUGCGAUCACUUACGGAGCUGGACAAUUUCAACCCUCUCUGGCGCAAUAGACAAGGCAAGACCUGGCCAGAAAUCGCUGAGGAGAGGCACGGACCCAACUGGCGUGAGGAGAAAGAGUUAUUGGACCGCCUUUAUGAUCAAAGCGCUGCUACGAAGGAGCGACGCAGCUCCAGUCCUGUCACUAAGAGGGACAGUGGAAAGCGGCGAUUUGCUCAUCGUGCUCCUGAUGAAGAGGAGGACAGCGAUGAACAAGAGCAGGCACCUAGGCGCAAGAAUGGGCGGAAGCUCAUGUCGAAGAAGGAUCUACGUGCCGCUCGAGGACAAGCAGCUUCCGAUGAAUCAUCCUACGAAUCGAGUUCGGAAAUACCCACACCUGCGGAGCCUGUCGAGGAAGUUUCAAUGAAGCCUCCUGAAAGUCCAGCUACUAAGCGCACUCCCACACGUUCAAGAACGAAAAGCUUUUCAGCACAACCCACAGAAUUACCAUCGCCCAGGACACGAAGAAGAUCUUCAUCAUUCCGCGGCAUGAUCGAGCAGCCAUUAUCAACCGUGGAAGAGAAUAUGGAGGAUAAGGCGGCCGCGGAGAAGCAGCGACAGGAUGAAGACAGGCGUGCAGCAGAAGUAGCGCAAGAGCUCGAACUGAAGCGGAAGCAGGAAGAGGCCGCGGCAGCAGAAGUCGCUGCAAGACGAGCUGCGGAAGAAAAAGCACGUCAAGCGGAAGAGGACCGUAUGGCAGAAGAAGCUCGCCGGGAAGAAGAGAUGCGCCAAGCUGAGGAAGCUAGAAUCGCCGAUGAAGAGCGCACUCGACAACUCGCAGAGCAGCAGCGAAGAGACAAAUCGAAAGACAAGCAUCGUGCUGACAUACUAGCCGGCUUACCGAAGGCAAUUUCAUAUGUGCUCGACCCAAGAACCGACUUCGACAUUGAGAGCAAGAGAGGCAAAAGCCACAUAUGGCGCUACUUCACCAGAAUUCAAGUAUUGAGCGAAGAGGAAUAUGACCCCCUGGCGGAGUGCUCAGAUACCAACAUACCGACUUAUUGGGUCCCGAACGUUCUGGUAGCUCCAUUACUCGGGCCAGCUGGGAUAGAGCUCUUCGUCCAUGGCGACCACGAAUCUUUUGCCGACAGCUUGGCGGGGAAGUGGCUCACGAAGGACUUUCCGAUGAAGAGACUACCCCUUCUCAAGACUUUCAUGGACAUUUUACCUCCACCUGGGUUUGAAAUUCAACCCACAUUUGACGAGACUGGCCGAUCUUUACUCAGCAAGCAGGAACAAGCACAGAGGACAAGAAGUCUGCUGGAGGGUGUUGCAGCGGCGAAGCGGGCGCUCACGGCAGGUCCAGCAUCGCUGAGAUAUGUGCGCUUGGAGGACGUUCUCGCGAAUAUACAUCCUUCGCUGAACGGAUACAAGGUCGACAUUCGCUUCGACCACCUACCCUUAUCAAUCAGACCUCCGCCAGCCAAGGAUGGCUUCCCCGGCGGGAUAGGACGAGAGCCUCAGGCCAGGACCUUCACUGUUGGCAGUACACCAAACGUCAGCGAGUUUCUGUGCAGGCCCAUAAGGCGCAAGCGUGACCCUGCGAACAUGACAGAUGUAAGGGUAGUUCAUGAGAAGUAG